AUGCUAUACCCUGCCCCAAAUUCACUGAUAGCACUGCAGGAAAGAGAAACCAAGAAACCAAUGUCGCGCCCUGAAAAGGAGCCGGGCCGGCGGCGGCGAGGCCGCGAAGAGCAUCAGUGCCCUCUAGUGCCCGCCCGGCCCCGCCGCUUCCCCGCCGCCAGCCCCGGGCCGAGCCCCGCUGCGAGAGAGCCCCGGGCCGAGCCCCCCCCACUGCGAGAGAGCCCCGGGCCGAGCCCCCCCCCUGCGAGAGAGCCCCGGCCGAGCCCCCCCUGCGAGAGAGCCCCGGGCCGAGCCCCGCUGCGAGAGAGCCCCGGGCCGAGCCCCCCCCCCUGCGAGAGAGCCCCGGGCCGAGCCCCGCUGCGAGAGAGCCCCGGGCCGAGCCCCGCUGCGAGAGAGCCCCGGGCCGAGCCCCCCCUGCGAGAGAGCCCCGGGCCGAGCCCCCCCUGCGAGAGAGCCCCGGGCCGAGCCCCCCCCUGCGAGAGAGCCCCGGGCCGAGCCCCGCUGCGAGAGAGCCCCGGGCCGAGCCCCCCCCACUGCGAGAGAGCCCCGGGCCGAGCCCCCCCCUGCGAGAGAGCCCCGGGCCGAGCCCCCCCCUGCGAGAGAGCCCCGGGCCGAGCCCCCCCCCUGCGAGAGAGCCCCGGCCGAGCCCCCCCUGCGAGAGAGCCCCGGGCCGAGCCCCCCCCACUGCGAGAGAGCCCCGGGCCGAGCCCCCCCCCUGCGAGAGAGCCCCGGCCGAGCCCCCCCUGCGAGAGAGCCCCGGGCCGAGCCCCGCUGCGAGAGAGCCCCGGGCCGAGCCCCCCCCCCUGCGAGAGAGCCCCGGGCCGAGCCCCGCUGCGAGAGAGCCCCGGGCCGAGCCCCGCUGCGAGAGAGCCCCGGGCCGAGCCCCCCCUGCGAGAGAGCCCCGGGCCGAGCCCCCCCCCUGCGAGAGAGCCCCGGGCCGAGCCCCGCUGCGAGAGAGCCCCGGGCCGAGCCCCCCCCACUGCGAGAGAGCCCCGGGCCGAGCCCCCCCCUGCGAGAGAGCCCCGGGCCGAGCCCCCCCCUGCGAGAGAGCCCCGGGCCGAGCCCCCCCUGCGAGAGAGCCCCGGGCCGAGCCCCCCCUGCGAGAGAGCCCCGGGCCGAGCCCCCCCCUGCGAGAGAGCCCCGGGCCGAGCCCCCCCCUGCGAGAGAGCCCCGGGCCGAGCCCCCCCCCUGCGAGAGAGCCCCGGGCCGAGCCCCGCUGCUACGGCGGUGCCCCCACGGCCGCCUCCGGCGGACCUGUUGAGCAAGGCGGAGCGACUGCAAGGCUCAGCGCCGGCGGAAUGGCUUCCGCAAAUCCCGGCUCCUGGAGCAAAAUCUCUCCUCUGGGAGCAUCCUGUGCAAAUUUGCUACCCUUCGACUGCCUGGCCCCUUCGGGGGGCCCGCCGGCCGCCUCCGCGCCGAGCUGCGGCAGAGCCGCGCACCGCGCCCGCCCCGCCGCUGCCCGCGCCCCGCUGCCCACCUGCCCGUCCCCGCCGCACGCCCCAGCCCCGCGGCUGCGGUCAAGUUUCUGGUGCACACGCACGCAUCCUCCCGCUCGCUCCUCUCGCUCUGAGCUACGGGGGACCACCAUUCCCCCAGCCAGCCCGCUCCUUCCCUUUCCCCCCGGCCAAGCCGCCUCCGCGCCCGGCGGCAGCGCGCCCUGCACCCCGCCGCCCUGCUCACCCAAGGCAACUCCGGCGCAGGCGUGCCCCGCUGCUCCCCGCGGCUGGCCGGGGGUCCCCGCGGCUGUCCGGGGGUCCCCGGGGAUCCCCGGGGCAGGCGGCUGCGGCCGCCGCUUACCUGCGGGUCCAGCGGGGCUGGCUGCUUCCCUUGGCCACCUCCGGAGGAGGGCGAGGAGGCAAGUCCCAUUCACAACUAGACACCGAGCAGACACGACAGCAUCUUCAGCCUAUUACACUCCACUGGCAGCGGCUGCUGAAUGAGGCUCCGAGCUAG